AUGGCCACGACUCUUGCGGAGAAUCAAAGUCAAAACAGAAACAUGCCAGAGAAGACACGUUUUCUCCCAGCCUGCAUCACAAAUGUGCGCGAGCAAAUGGCUCGUCAGAUGGACGGCGACAUUCAGCGCGCUCUCAUUGCUGGAAGAUUGAACAACAACGUCACUAGACUCGAUAAUGCGCUUUCUCUCAUGAAACGGGAAGCUCAAAGUAAUGGACUUUUGCUGGGCGAUUUGGCCGACGAUGCGAGAAAGUUGAACAAACGAUUAGACGAGCUUUUGGCGCGGGAUCCGCGAGUUCUGCCACGAGAAGCAAUCGAAGCCGCGAAAAGAGGACGAAAUCAAUGGGAUCUUUAA